UGCAAAAUCAAAGCCAUUAUUUGUCACAAUUUACGCAACUGUGAUAAUCGGAAUCUUCUUUUCUUCAGUUUAUGUUUUCUCUGCUAUCUACUCGUCUAAGCCUCCUGAUGCUGAAAUUUCUCUCUCCUUUCCGCAUUCAGGUCUUAGGUGAUGCAUCUUUAUGAGUAUAUUUCUAUUCAUGCCGUGAUGAUGCACUGAUAUUGGUAGUGGAGACUGGAGAGUUGAGAGUAUGUGGAUUUUAGAAGUAGUGGGUGAUACCAAAGAUGACUUGGAUAGAGGGAGUUAAGAUUUUUUUUUUCUGCGGGAGCGUACACUUGAUAGAAAAGAAUGGAGGCAGAUUAUCUAUAUGGACAACCACUGGAGGUAACAUCUUGAUUCAUGCAGCCUGCCUCAUCCUAUCAAGAUUAAGGAUUCGGCGUUGCUGCUGCUCCUGCUGCUGCUGUUGUGUCUUCAUGCAUUGGUGCUGUUCAGAAAAUGAGACCUGAUGUGCCUAAGGAGGAGAUCCUCUUCACGAAGCACAAAACUCUUCUUUGUCCACAACUUCACUUUCUCCAGCCAAGUCUCGGAGCACACUCUUGAAGCCUAUAUGGGAGCCUCCCUCUAAAACUAAGAAAAUGCCACCUUUAAAAUCCUUUCGGUUGACAAAAGAGUUAGUGGAGAAGAGGGUGAAGGAUAACAUCAUCAUAGUCACAUUUGGUAAUUAUGCAUUCAUGGAUUUCAUCCUGACUUGGGUUAAAUGCUUGACUGAUCUGGGUUUAUCAAAUCUUCUAGUUGGUGCAAUGGAUACUAAAUUGCUGGAAGCGCUGUACUGGAAGGGCAUUCCAGUUUUUGAUAUGGGAAGCCACAUGAGCACUAUAGAUGUGGGAUGGGGAUCACCAACAUUUCAUAAAAUGGGAAGGGAAAAGGUUAUCUUAAUUGAUACUAUUCUGCCGUUUGGCUAUGAAUUAUUGAUGUGUGAUACCGACAUGGUUUGGUUAAAGAAUCCGCUUCCGUAUUUUGCUCGUUUUCCUGAAGCAGAUGUUUUGACUUCAACUGAUCAAGUUGUGCCAACAGUGCUUGAUGACCGAUUGGAGGUAUGGCAGCAAGUUACUGGUGCAUAUAAUAUAGGAAUCUUCCACUGGAGGCCUACAGAGUAUUCAAAGAAGUUGGCAAAACAGUGGAAAGAGUUACUUUUAGCUGAUGAAAAGAUAUGGGAUCAGAACGGUUUCAAUGAUAUUGUACGAAGGCAGCUCGGCCCCUCCGUUGAUGGCGAAAGUGGUCUUGUCUAUGCUUAUGAUGGAAAUCUUAAGCUGGGGCUCCUUCCAGCCAGCAUAUUUUGUAGUGGACAUACAUAUUUUGUUCAGGCCAUGUACCAACAAUUUAAACUGGAACCGUAUGCAGUGCACACCACAUUCCAGUAUGCCGGUACUGAAGGAAAGCGUCAUCGAUUACGCGAAGCCAUGGUGUUCUAUGAUCCACCAGAGUACUAUAAUUCUCCAGGAGGUUUCAUGUCAUUUAAGCCAUCUAUUCCGAGGAGCCUAUUAUUAGAUGGAGAGCAUAAUGUUGAGUCACAUUUUUCUGCUGUUAAUUACCAGUUGAAACAGAUUCGAACAGCACUUGCUAUCGCGUCAUUGCUAAAUCGUACCCUGGUCAUGCCUGCAAUAUGGUGCAGGUUGGACAGGCUUUGGUUUGGGCAUCCUGGAGUUCUGGAGGGUACCGUGACAAGGCAACCUUUUAUUUGCCCUCUGGAUCAUGUUUUCGAGGUGAAUGUGAUGCUGCAAAACUUGCCACAGCAAGAAUAUGGGCCACGUAUUGAUAUUAGGGAAUACUCUUUCCUUGAUAAUCCAGCACUGCCGCGGGAAGUAAAAGAGUCGUGGCUCGAUGUGCAGCUUUGCCAAGUGGGAUCCAAAGAUUGUCAUGUUACUGAUAAUUCAAGUGCUCCUGGACUUCUCAGAUUUCCCAAAUAUGGCAACGAAGAGACGUACAAGACAGUUUUCUCCUCAUUCAAGAAUGUUAAAGUUAUAAACUUCCUAUCAAUCCAAGAUGCCUUCACUGGGUUUGCUGACAAGGAAAGAGAGCAGAAGUUUAGGCGUCGUGUCAAACGUUAUGUAGGCAUAUGGUGCUGCGUGACAAAUCGCACUAUAGGCCAUAUAUAUUAUGACAUGUAUUGGGAUGAGAAACCUGGCUGGAAACCAUUACCACCACAAACGCCAGAGGAAGAUCACCCUCCAGUUUAACUCUUGGACAAGCAUGGCGCACAACAGAGGGAAAUCGUACUCUCGAUUGUAUGGUCCUUGUGAACAUGCAGGCGGCUGACAUACAUUUUCAGAAAAAAUUGCAAGGUGAGCUGGGCAAAAUGAAAAUGGCAAAGCUCCCAACUACGUAAGAGAUUUUGAUUUUCGGUGCAACUCUUGCUGCAAAAAUUUGACAGACGAAGAGAUUCGUUGCCCUCUUUUAGGGUAGGGCAGAGUAAUUGUUUGAUAUCUACAUGUGAAACUCUAAGCGUAAAACAAUUUUGUAGAAUCAAUGAGCUUGAUAAAGCUCUGUGCAAAACUGUAGCUCAACAUAACACCCCUGUAUCCAAUCUAUUAGAUUUUUGAGCCUGGCGAAUACCUCACUUUGUUUUAUUGACAACACUUGUGGCCUUAUGGUCUUGUUAUAUUGGCAAAACAAUAUUAUCAAGAUUGAUGAUUUAUUGCUU